AUGGAGAAUUACCAGAAGCUGGAGAAGAUUGGUGAAGGAACCUAUGGUGUUGUUUACAAAGCCAAAGAUCUCUCCCAUCCCGGACGUAUCGUUGCUCUUAAGAAGAUCCGACUCGAAGCGGAAGAUGAAGGAGUUCCCAGUACCGCCAUUCGAGAGAUUUCUCUUCUCAAGGAGAUGAAUGAUCCAAACAUUGUUCGACUUCUCAAUAUUGUUCACGCAGAUGGUCAUAAACUAUACCUCGUCUUUGAGUUCCUCGACCUUGAUCUCAAGAAAUAUAUGGAGGCUCUUCCAGUUGCCGAUGGUGGUAGAGGUAGAGCUUUACCUGAAGGAUCUGGUCCAGACUUGGGUAGAUUAGGUUUGGGUGAUGCUAUGGUCAAGAAGUUUAUGAGUCAAUUGUGCGAAGGUAUUCGGUAUUGUCACGCACAUCGAGUUCUUCACCGGGAUUUGAAGCCGCAGAAUUUACUCAUUGAUCGGGAAGGUAACCUCAAGCUUGCAGAUUUUGGUCUUGCUCGUGCUUUUGGUGUUCCUCUUCGAACUUACACCCACGAAGUCGUCACCCUAUGGUACCGUGCUCCUGAAAUUCUUCUCGGAGGUCGGCAAUACUCUACUGGUGUUGAUAUGUGGUCUGUUGGAUGCAUUUUCGCAGAGAUGUGUACAAGAAAACCAUUGUUUCCUGGUGAUUCGGAAAUUGACGAAAUCUUCAAGAUCUUCAAACUUUUAGGUACACCUAAUGAUCAAGAAUGGCCCGGUGUCAGCGACAAGACCUGUUUCCCCGACUUCAAACCUUCAUUCCCCAAAUGGCAACGCGAUAUGAGCCAACCCCUCUGCACCAACCUUGACGACAAUGGACUAGACCUCCUCGAAUUGAUGCUUGUCUAUGACCCAGCUGGGCGUAUUUCCGCCAAGCAAGCAUGCCAACACCCAUAUUUCGAAGAAGGAAGCUCCGCAUACUCCGGACGAGGCUUGGGAGCCACAUACAAACCCACAAAUGGAUACCACUGA